AUGCUCAACAAAACCGAAGAGAAGAUCGACCGCAACAAGUUUAUCAUACAAAUGUGCGUUGUGAUGCUUCUCCUGAUCGUCGAGAUUCAAGACCCAAUGAAGGAACAAAUCAUGACGAAAACAAUUAUAUCUAUCGAGGAGGAAAUCCAGGCUUGCUUGCCAAUUAUAGCAACAGCCAGAGUAAAUGUGAAAAAUAAUUUGAAUGAAAAUGUGAAUUGUCGUGUGUUACUGGAUAAUGCAUCAACCAGUAAUUUUAUAACAGUAUCUUGUGCGAAAAAACUCAAAUUGAAAAAACGAAAAGCCUAUGUACCUAUUAAUGGACAAACUGAACUUGGAUGUACAAAGGGUAGUGUAGAUGUCACUUUUGGCCCGUAUUUUGAUGAAACCAAAUUGUUUAACAUGGAAGCUUAUAUUGUUCCAAAAAUUAGUAAAUUACCAAUGAAGGAGAUUGGCAAUAGCGUUGUGAGCCAUCUUCCAAAAAUUAACCUUGCGGAUCCAGAAUUUCAAACUCCAGCUGAAAUCGAUAUCUUAGUGGGUGCAGAAUUGUACUACGAGAUAGUCGAUGGAGAAAAGAAUAUGGAUUCUUCAACCAGUCCGAUCGCAAUCAAGUCACAAUUGGGAUGGCUGAUUGGCGGCGGCAAAACAACCUCAAAGAGGGAGUUGACAAUGUGUCAUACUCAAACCAAUGAAUUGGAAAAAUUGAACCAUAGUGAAAAUAUGUUGAAAUUAGAAACAUUAAUGAAAAGUUUUUGGGAAUUAGAAACAUUGCCAGCCUUACCAAUUCUUAGUAAUGAAGAGAAAUUGUGUGAAGUGCUGUUUAACAAAACUGUGAAAAGAGAUUUUGAUGGAUCAUUCAUUGUGCAAUAUCCAUUUAAAGAACCAAGAAUUGAAUUAGGAAGUUCGUUAUCAAUUGCGAUACGACAAUUUAAACAAGUUGAAAAACGUUUGCAUCAGAAAGAACAUUAUUUAACAGAAUACAAGAAAUUUAUGAACGAAUAUGAAUCAUUGGGGCACAUGGUUGAAGUGUCACCACCAACGGCGACUAGCAAAUUUAGAUGCUAUCUGCCACAUCAUUUUGUUUUGAAAGAAUCGUCAACUACGACAAAGUUUCGUGUUGUCUUUAAUGCAUCAGCGAAGACAUCAAAUGGAGUCACGCUGAAUGAAACCAUGAUGAUUGGACCAAGUACACAGGAUUCGUUGGCCAAUUUGAUCAUGAGAUUUCGAAAACAUAAAAUUGCUGUUACAGCAGACAUUGAAAAAAUGUAUCGACAAAGAACUCCUGAUAAACCAUUGAAACAUUAUAAAUUAUUAACCAUUACGUAUGGAACCGCCGCUGGUCCAUAUUUGGCUACUCGUGUGCUAAGCGAGGUAGCAAAAGAACCUGAUUUUCCAAUUGCAUCAAAAGUAUUACAAGAAGAUUUUUACAUGGAUGAUUUGUUAUCUGGAGCUGAUACAGAAGAAAAUGCUGUGAAACUUCAGUAUGAAAUGAUUGAACUAUUGAAACGUGGAGGAAUGUCAAUAAGAAAAUUUACUUCAAAUUCAGAAAAAACUCUUCAAUCUAUUCCAGAAGAUUUGAGAGAAACGAAAUCGCUGUCAUUUGAUAAGGACGCGACUGUAAAAACAUUAGGAAUUUACUGGAACCCUGCUCAAGACUGUUUUCGAUUUAGAGCAGACAUAUUUGGCAACAUGAAAGCCCAAGUUGGCCACUCAGGAAAAAAUCAACAAACAUAUCUCGUAGGCUUCAGUGAUGCGUCUGAACAAGCGUAUUCAGUUGUAGUUUAUUUAGUGUAUUAUGAUGAACAAGGAAAUGGAUUAUCGUAUCUGGUAUCCUCAAAAACUAGAGUAGCGCCUGUGAAGCAACAAUCGUUACCAAGGUCUGAACCGUAUAAGUAUCACACUUUUGUAGCAAAUAGAAUUACCAAAAUUCAAGAAUUGAUUCCGACAGAUAAAUGGGGAUUCGUUCGUGGAAUUGAUAACCCAGCUGAUUGUGCAUCGCGUGGAAUAAGUGUCCAAGAAUUUAUCAACCAUCCUUUAUGGUGGAACGGACCGUCUUGGUUAAAUGAGAAACCACCGGUACCAAAUUUAACAAGUGAAAUUGUAAAUAAAACUGAACCAAGUGAAGAAAGACGCGAUACUUUAGUGUGUCAUUUAACAAAUGUUAGAAUACCAAGAGACUUGAUUCUCAGGUACUCAACUUUAACCAGAUUGCAACGAAUCACAGCAAGAUUGUUAAGAUUCAUAACUAAUGCAAGAGCAGCAGUCCAGAAGAAACGUGGAUUUGCACUUGAACCAAUUAGUAACCCAUGGCUGUCAACAGUGGAACUUGAUGUCGCUCUUAGGCGUUGGAUUUCAAUCGCUCAAGAGGAAGAGUUCGCUUCAGAUCUGUUGCAGCUUAGAACCAAGGGAAAAUUACACAAUAAAAGCAGUUUAUUGUCAUUGAAUCCAUUCCUUGACAAAGACAACAUUUUGCCAGUGGGGGGAAGGCUUCGUCAUGCAAGCAUUCCUGUGCAUCAGAAACAUCCAAUUCUGCUGCCACCGCAUCAUAGGAUUACGGCGAUGAUAAUUGAAAGUGCGCAUUUAUUAAACUUACAUGCUGGAGCACAAAGUUUGUUAUCUUAUCUACAACAAAAAUAUUGGAUUGUUCGAGGAAAGGAUGCGGUGAAAAGGAUCGUACGAAAAUGUGUCAUUUGUACAAAAAAUCGAGCAGAAACCAUGCAACAGAUGAUGGCAGAUCUACCUUCAUUUCGAGUAACUCCAUCUCAUACGUUCCAGAAAUGUGGAAUUGAUUAUGCUGGACCAAUUUUGAUUAGACCCAUUCAACCCAGAAGUAAGGUGACAUUAAAGGCAUAUUUAGCGAUAUUCAUUUGCUGUGCUACUCGAGCCAUACAUUUAGAAGUAGUUAGCUCGGCCAGCACUGAAGCAUUUAUUGCUGCCUUAAGAAGAUUUAUUGCUAGACGUGGAAAACCAUCGGAUAUAUACAGCGAUAAUGGAACCAAUUUUGUCGGAGCUGACAAGGAGCUAAAGGAGUUACAGAAACUUACCGACAGGGUAAACCACAAUAAUCAUAUCUCAUUGACAAUGUCUAAGGAAGGAAUAUCUUGGCAUUUCAACCCACCUUCAGCGCCACACUUUGGAGGACUCUGGGAGGCAGGGGUGAAGUCCACAAAAUACCAUCUUAGAAGAAUAAUGGGAUUAAAUCGAUUAACAUUCGAAGAAUUAACAACUCUUACAAGCCAGAUCGAGGCAGUGCUAAAUUCAAGACCAAUAACGCCUGAGUCAACUGAUCCAUCGGAUUUAAGAGCACUGACACCUGGACAUUUUAUCAUUGGUCAACCAUUGACGUCGAUUCCUGAUCCAGAUUUAACAGAAAUCCCAACGACCAGACUUGUGAGGUGGCAGUUAAUUCAACAGAUGCUACAACAGUUCUGGAAAAGAUGGUCAUCGGAAUAUAUAGUCAGAUUGCAGCAAAGACCGAAAUGGAUGCAACCAGUGGAAUCAAUUAAAGAAGGUUCGCUGGUAAUAAUCAAGGAAGAUAACUUGGCGCCAUUACAUUGGACGAGUUAUGGAAGUCAAGCCAGGAACAGAUCAGAAGGUCAGGAAGGUAUUGGUGAGGACAGCUACUGGAGAGUACGAGCGACCGAUCGUGAAGCUGUGCCUACUACCUGUUGA